GUUGUAUGUUAGUAACUGUUGCCAAUGUUCUUUCAACCAGUAUGUUCCAAAGGUCACACUAUUACUUAAUUAUUAAUCGGUCUGAGGAACUGUAAGCAGAUGCAAAAUCAACCAUGGCUACGACACGAGCUCUCGUUUAUUCUCCUAAAGCCCCCAUUAAACUUGGAAUUUACAGCCAAGCUGUAGUGGUGGACCGAACCAUGUACAUUUCUGGACAGUUGGGACUAGACCCUGCAACUGGGCAACUUGUACCUGGAGGAACAUCACAGGAAGCCAAGCAGGCUCUAAUCAACAUGGGAGAGAUCCUCAAAGCUGCAAACUGUGACUAUGAUAAUGUUGUAAAAACAACAGUUCUGCUGGCAGACAUCAAUGACUUCAACUGUGUUAAUGAAGUUUACAAGCAAUAUUUUAGAAGCAACUUUCCGGCCAGAGCAGCUUAUCAGGUUGCAGCAUUGCCGCGGGGAGGUCGAGUUGAGAUUGAAGCUGUGGCUGUUUUGGGACCUGUUGUGAAUUGGCCCUUAGACCAGAAAUUAUAAACCGGGAUCAAUUCUUUCGAGAAUGUAAUACACACAACAAGGGAGGACACAGCUCCUUGAUUUUAUUGUUGCCUUGUAUGGAUCAAUGGUAUAAUAAAAAGCAAGAAUUCAAAUCACUACAAUCAUUUUGAGCAUCGAUGCC